GGCGGCGGCAUCUACAUGCUUGGUAGUGGAAGUGACGAUAACCGGGUCGAUCGAAUAAACCCCCUGGAUGGUAGCGUCUCCAGCGCACCUUCGAUGACACUGCCCCGACGACGACGACGACGACGUCCAUCUGCUGCGCAACUGACAGACGCCUUCUGGUCUUCGGUGGAGAUAACGGUUUGUGGCUGGCAUCCUCCUGUGUGA